AUGGUCCUCCUUGUACCUGUGCUACUCGUACUACUGCUCACACCCUCACUCACCACAUCAGCUGCCCUACCCCAGGAUGGACUAUCACGACUCACAACUUCUAACUCCCGUGAGCAGAGCCGUACCACCGAGGUCAGUGAUUCGUGGAUAUCAGCGAAGAACGAGGACUCCAACCAUACAAAGCGUGUUUUGCCAGCAUCGCAAGCAAAUCCCAGCGUGAUCAACACGAAAGAGUGUAUGGAGACGGGCUUGCAGCUGAUGAAGCUGAUGUGGGCCGACGAGAAUGAUGCGGAACGAAUCUACCAGCAAUGGACGCACAAGCACGGGCUGAAAGCUCCGCUAUUGGAGGCGAACGAGUUAAAGCAGUACUGGAGUUCUCAGAGUAGUGAGCAACAGUGGGUUACUGACUUCCAAGCACAAGACUUUCAGACCGCAUAUCGAUACAUCUGCCCGCACAAUAUGAAUGUUCCCGGGGCUCAUUACUUUGUCACUUGGGUGAACGACAAAUCAGGGGCUGGGAAAGUCACGGUCGACAAGGAGAAACAUGUCACGAAAGCGAAAUUGGCUUUCGUCAUGAACAUCCCAGCGGGCAUAAUUACAAUCCAGGAGGCCCAAUCGCCAACGGCGCUAUUGAAAUCUGCAAUGCCCGACCUUGCUCAGGCCCAGAUAGAGCCGAUGCUACCUAUCCCUUAUCACCGAUCCAAUGUUCUGUUCGCUGCUAUUCGAAGUGAGCAUGGACAGCACCCAUAUACCGUCCGUUGGCAAAACUGGGGAUAUGGACGACGAGAUCUGGAGCGCCUUAUGGGCAAAUUGAAAGAGAUCAUUGUGGCUCGUGCUGCUAUGCGUGCGGACAUGCUCCAGGCUGUCGAGCAGUGUGUCUACCAAGAAAUGGGUCCUGAGGAACCUGGCAUGCAGAUCGGAAAGAUUCCAGCAUUUCCCGGGGUACAGUUCACUGCUGGGUCUAGCUGCUUUUACACCAUACUGGGCACGAAACCAAACACAAUGAUCGGCUGGUUGCUAGCAUCGCACCGGGACAGUCCGGACUACCGUCGCGGCCUCGGCCAUACCAUCUUGACCGGUGUACGGGUUUUCACCACCGAUGCUCCGAACGACAAUGGGCAGACGCCGCAGCUUCCGACAUUUGUGUGGUCUUUGGCCCCAUACACGGCUGCAUUGGAGCAAAAAGCUUUGGCAGAGCAACAAAAGCCAUUCAAGAACACAUUCGGUGUACAGCUGCAUCGACCUCCGCACGAACUGGAGGAGCACGAUGAGCACCGCGGGAAGAAUCCUGCUCGGGACACCACCGAACGAGAAAUAAUCUGA